AUGGAACGAAAGUGCGCGCCCAACCCAGAAUAUGACGAACAUGACAUAAAUAUCCCCAGUCUUGAGAAGAGCAUGAAAGCGAUCGAGCUAGAUGCGAAUAACGACGACGAUAGAGCGGCUAUGGCGCCAGAAUGGAGUCCUCCGCCGUCAGUAACAACCAACAUACCAUAUCAUCAUACGGGUGCAUCAACGACGCCAUCGGUCAUAUCUUCACCGGUUUCGCAUGAUACAUAUCAUCGCCCAGCUCCAAUACAGACCCAGUCCUUGUCAGGGAUAUCGUCAUCCACCGCUGCUACAAGGUCAGCACCUCCAGGCGCAGAAGUUCGGACCCCGUUCGCCUGUCUAUCCAUGCAUAUGACCGACCGAAUCCGGCUGUUGAGGUUUCCUGAAGCUAUAGUCCCGGAGAUAAUAGAGAUGGUACGCACAGGGUGGCCGAAGGGCAUCCAUCCGCCGCGUGAAUACGGCCAAUCACUCGAAAUUAAAAUGAAGGGAAACCCGUGGUCGCCGCACUCUUGGGGAGAUGGCAGGGUAGAAGUUCGUCGGUUGAUGUCGAGGAUCCUCAACGGACUAUACCUGCGAGGCUGGAUUAUAAAGGCUUCGGUAGAUAUCGGACAUGUUGACAGCAUCUUCUUCCGCUAUCAGCAGCCAGCUCCGCCGCCGUGUAUCUGGAUGAGCAUUUCCUUCCACCACGCCGACAAGCUGCGCGUUGUCGAUGCCCCAAGUGACUUUGGCCUGAUAUUAGCCGACGCUCUGGGUCCAGAUGUCGAGAACUGCCAGGUCAAAGGUAAUGUGUUCGAGCUCAAGCUUCGCGGGAGUCCCUGGCGAGCUACCGGCACGAAAACGGUGCAGACCCGUGUGAUUCUCUUGACCAUCAUGGAUGUCCUGGAGCAGCAAGGGUUCGGCCUGUAUGCGCCCAUCAACCAUAAUAGUAGACGCUCAAAAGAUUCGACCAACGCAGAGGCCGAUACGUGGUACUGCAACCGGCCUCUCGACUGGAAGGCCGGCCAGUUCGUCUAUCACGGGUAG